UUCGCGGGCAAAUUGCAUUAAGAGAACCCAGCUCCCCAGCUCGACCAAAAAAAAAUCAACAAUUCCGUUUUAUAGACCCUAGAUUUGAUUUUGUUUCAUUUAUAGACAACUGCUGAAUCAUUUAUCAUAUAAUUACAGAUUUACGGCAUGCCGGCAGGAGAAUUACAAAACGAAAACCCUCAAAUUAAGUCAAGCCAUUGCAUUCCAAAAAGAACGAAAAUUGCUGGACCUGAUGAAGUUAACUAUUACGCUGGAUUAGAUCCAAUCGAUGGAAUGGGCAUAGUGGAGUCCGCUGAAGAUUCUACUUCUGAACCAUUUGAUGCACAAGAAGUAUUUGAUCUACUAGCAUCGAUAAAUGAUCCCGAACAUCCCCUGACACUUGCACAAUUGUCGGUGGUAAAUUUGAAUGACAUUGAGGUCGUUGACAAUGGACGUGAUUCCUCGGUAACGGUUCACAUUACGCCAACGAUUCCUCAUUGUUCUAUGUGUACACUAAUUGGACUAUGCAUUCGAGUUCGUUUGCAACGUUGUCUUCCUCCGAGAUUCCGAGUUCAUGUCUAUGUAAAGAAGGGAACACAUGCCAGCGAAAACCAAGUCAAUAAGCAGCUUAACGAUAAGGAGCGUGUUGCUGCAGCUUGCGAAAACGAGCAAUUGCUCGGUGUUCUCAACGGAAUGAUGUCUUCUUGCGCUUAGUAUUCACUUCUCGGUUUUGUUUUGUUUGUUUUGUUUGUGAUGGAGUCCUUCAAUUCGUUAAGAGUUUGGGAAAAAUGAGAAAAGGGAUGGGGUGAGAUAAUAUAAUAAAAAGUUUUUUUUUCUGCGG